GCCAUAAUCACCGCUGCGCUCUACUUUCCACCUUCACUCUCUCUCUUCAAUGCUUCAAUUCGGACUACAGUUCCAAUAAUUCGAAGAAAAAGCAAAUCACUUCACAUUCACACAGAAGAAGAGAGUAGAACGAACAAUGGGAGUUUCUGUUCCCAUUCUUGCAAUCACCAUCUCCCUUCACCUCCUUGCUUUUGUACUUGCUGUCGGUGCUGAACGCCGCCGUAGCACGGCAAAGGUGCGGCCGGAUGAGUACGAUGAGAAGACAUACUGUGCGUACGCGACGGACGCGUCGACGGUGUACGGAUUGACGGCAUUUGGCCUGCUGUUGAUUGCCCAAGCUUUGAUUAACGGCGUUACUAAGUGCUUGUGUUUCGGGAGAGGGAUGAUGGGUGGCAGGUCUACUACUUGCGCUGUUUUCUUCUUCAUUUUCUCGUGGGUUAGCUUUCUUGCUGCAGAGGCAUGCUUAUUAGCAGGAUCAGCUAGAAAUGCUUACCACACAAAAUAUCGAGCAAUUUUUCAUGUGGAGCACUUGUCAUGUGCCACUCUUCGUAAGGGUGUCUUUGCUGCUGGUGCUGCCCUAACAUUAGUAGCAAUGGCGGCUUCCACUUUGUAUUACUGGAGCCAUUCCAAGGCUGACACAGGUGGAUGGGAAAAGCACCACAAUGAAGGACUUGGGAUGACCUCUUCAAAUUUUACAGAGAAUCAACACGAGCUGAAGGACAGUCAAUCUGGAAAAGUCUGAAUCUGGUUCUUCGAGAUUGUUGUUAGGAGUUUUGUUUACGACGUGGAGUGAACACAAAGAGCUGUGAACUCUAAUAUGUAACUUAUUGGAGUAUCUAUAGAUAUCUUGUUGUAGAAAGCCUACUUUGCGAUAAAAAAAUAUAUGGUUCUUGCA